CAUGUCGGAGGUAGGUAAAUUCAGUUCCGUAGGAUCCUAAGCAAAGUACUAUUGCUCUACUGUUUGUAUGUCUUUGCGGUUGUUUCUCGCAAGAAAAAGCUCUCUUGGUUGCGUUUUUGGAUUUCAAUUGAGGAGAACAAUAACAAUGAAGUACCUUACUCAGGAAGAAGCUCAGAACAUCGAUCAAGAAUUGUUUACAAAGUUCGCUUUUAGUGUUGAUCAACUCAUGGAGUUGGCUGGACUCAGUGUCGCCGUUGCCCUGGCUAAAGUAUAUCCCUUGUGCGAAAAACAAUCGAACAAUGUACUGGUGUGCUGCGGACCUGGAAAUAACGGAGGAGACGGUUUAGUUGCUGCUAGGCAUUUGAAAAUGUUUGGUUAUACUCCUUUAUUUUUAUCCAAAAGACCAAACAAAGACCUGUUCAAUAACCUUGUCACUCAAUGUACUCUGAUGAAUAUUCCAUUUGUUGAUGUGCUCCCUUCUUGCAAAGACAUUGAUGACAGCUACACAUUUAUAGUGGAUGCCAUAUUUGGGUUUAGUUUUAAAGGGAAUAUUCGUGAGCCAUUUGGUGCUAUAAUAGAUUCAUUAAAAAGUGUCAAAAUUCCUUUAUGUUCAGUUGAUGUGCCUUCAGGCUGGGAUGUGGAAAAAGGAGCACCAGAUGGAUUACAACCGGAUUUUUUGAUUUCUCUUACUGCUCCAAAGCUUUGUGCAAAGCUCUUUUGUGGACAACAUCACUUUGUUGGUGGAAGAUUUGUGCCAGAAGUUCUGCAAGACAAAUAUCAAUUGGAUUUACCUAAAUACCCCGGGACUGAAUGUUGUGUUAAAGUUCCCAUAGCUUAAGAGCUUGAAGAUUUGGCGUUCACUCGAAUGAAAUGACAAAGUCUUUGAGUAAUAAAUAUUUAUUACAUCCUCAUUACUGUACAAAUGAGAUAAAAAUGCUGAAAAAGUUUGAAUGUACAGAUCAUAAAAUACAAUUUUUCCUGAACAUGUUAAAUAGUUACACAGCAUAACUAAAAUGGUACAACAUUAACAUCUGUGUAAAAAAACGCAUUUACAUAUAAAAAUAACACACCUUGAAAUUUUA